CUUCGGCCAUCUUGGUUUAGGACUUCAGAGCUGAGUACCUGCAACUGGCAACGAAGUACCAGUUAUAUGCAGUAGACGAAAUACAGGGAUCGGUCUUAAAGAAUCAUGACUCAUUUGGCUGAUAACUUUGCAAGUUUAUCGUUAAAGGAUGUCGCGGGAAAUAGGUUCGCAUUAUUAAACAAAAUUCAGGAACAAGUCUGUUCUGCAAUCAGCGCUCUUCACAGUGGAAAAGACCUGUUAUCAAUAAAAAAGAAUGUUCAAUACAUCUUGGAGCAAGUCAACAAGAACCUAGAUUUGAUCAAGGCUUCAUGCAAGGAAGAAGGUACUAAUUGACACUUGGCGGGAAACGGAUUUUAUACAUUGUCUGCUGGUUGGAUCAUGCCCGGGGGGGAUACUCCUGGGAAAUCUUAGCGAGGGUGUGCUGCCCGGUUCUCCAAAUCCUGACACUAUUUCAGGGGAAAAAAAUGCCACUUUUCACACCCUUAUUUAGACCUGAUCUUUAAGAAAUUAUGUCAUUAUUACUUAAAUUAGAACAACAACAACAAAAAGUGUAAGCCCAGGGUCCUGGGGGUUACUCCCAUACAUUACCUAUACGGGUAUGUGCCGCCCAAAGGGGUCGUGAUUUUGAAGCUCCUGAUUUAGAACGGAUAUUUCGAACGCACGAAAGCUUCACUUUUGAAAGCAGCUAUUUGAAAGUAUUCAACGACAGAUUGCUUUUAAAAAUACGGUUCAAUGCGUUAACAAGCAAACUGUUGUACUCUUGUUGCACCCUAGAACGAAGUAUAAAAAAUUGGCCCAUUCCUAGAACGGGGUAUCAGUUUUAGGGGAAACUUUUUCUAGAACGGGGUGCCAAUUUGGAGCCCCGGGCGGCACAUACCCACCCAAAAAAUACCCAAGUGGCCCCCCCAGCCCAGGGUCAGCCCAUCAGGUUUAAGUGGCUUUAAAUGACACGUAAAUCAUACAUUCAUAUUACAACAAUCUGUAGUGUUUCAUUCAUUUAUUAGUCAUUAUUUUGCUGCAAUAUAUCAUGUUCUAAAAAGGUAUCCAGAGAUUGAACUUGUGAUAGUCAGGUAAAUUCCUUGUCCUUUCCAGAGGAGAGGGGAUGAGGGCUUUGUCUUUGUCGGAAUUUUAAAAAAAGGGAGAUAGCAAUGAGUUGUAAAGAAACUAUUACAGUUCUGCAAUUUCUCAGUUAACAUUUCGUGUAUCGAACACCUAUACAUCGCCAUUCACAAUUAAGUGAUCCACAUUCAACAUUUUAAGACUAACUGACCUGGCAAAUCGUGAAGGCAAGGUGGUCUACUCUGUAAGAGUGGUUGGAAGGUCGGUGGUUAGGUAUCGUCAUGUUGCUUACAUUAGACAAGAAACUUGAGGUGGCUCCGUCAUUAAUACUAUGCUAUGACAAAUGUUCCAUCAUAACUUUUUUUGUUUUAACGCAAUGGCUGCAAAACCAUUGCAAAGAACAAGAGGAGUCAUUCAGUAAUAAAAUAUGAAAUAUUCCGAUUUCAUUGAUGCUAAAUAUUUCUUGAGAAAUUAGCGCUUAAAAGGACUCUUCCCUUCAAAGAAAAUCACGUCUAGUAAAAAAUUUUGCUGAUAUUAUUACUGACUUUUGUGGUAUCAGCUUUUAUUGAUAUAAUAAAUAUGCCAGCGAAAUUUCAGAAAAAUGUUUGGAGCAGAAUUCGGUAACUAAAAAUCACUCAAACUUCAGCUGUGAAGUUGUUUUGGAAUUUCAAACGUUAAUUACUAUCACGUAGAAGGAAUCACCAGUUCAAAUUUUCACGACAAGUAAAUUCAAUGUUUGCUAAUUCUGAAAACAAAAACCAAUUGCCUAUUGUGCUAUUCUUUAAACGGUACUUUUUAGUUUAAGAAGCAGUAUAAAUUGCUCAAAACCUUGUUCUGACAUCGAAUGCUUUCUUUCUAACCAUUUUUAAAGUAUCCCUUAGCAGUUUUGGCUCAAACUCCGGCUACAUACAUUUUGAUGUAUUGCAAUGCAUCCUUGACGGCUUUUCCUGCUCAACAUUGCUUCCAAUUCAUGAAAAAGACAUCUGAUGUUUGUUGCCUGAUGUCUAAUGUCAGACGUCUGAUGUUAUAUGUUAUGUUAUAUAACUGUUAUCAGACGUUUGAUAACAGUUAUAUGACAGCACACGUCUGUUGUCAAAUGUCUGACAUCAGACAUCUGAUAACAGAUUAUAUAACAGUUAUGUUUGUUUUAUAACAGUUAUAUGACUAUCUGUUAUAUACAGUUAUAUAUAACUGUUAUACAGUUAUAUAACUGUUAUAUAACAGUUGUCAUAUAACAGUUAUAUGACUGUCUGUUAUAUAAUAACUGUUAUAUAACUGCUAUACAACAGUACAUAUAACUGUUAUAUAACAGUAUAUAACUGUUAUAUAACUGUUAUAUAACAGUAUAUAACAGUUAUAUAAUGUCAGACGUCUGAUAAUAGUUAUAUGACAGCAGAGGUGUGUUGUCAGACGUCUGAUAACAGUUAUAUGACAGCAGAGGUCUGCUGUCAGAUGUCUGAUAACAGUUGUAUGACAGCAGAGCUCUGCUGUCCUAUAACUGUUAUUACACGUCUGAUUUUAUAUGUUAUUUUAUACAUUUAUAUAUUUUUUACAUCCGAUGUCUUUUUUACACAAGAAUUUUGAGUGUUACAAAAAUUGAAAUUUCUAGAGUAGGGGAUUUUGUUAGGUCUUACUACCAGCCCUUAGGUUUUUUUUUUUUUUUGAGUUUUGAUUAUAUCCUCUCUCAAUCUUUCCUACCACUCACACUUCCGAGUUUCACUCCUAUAGGAUUUAAGCUUGGGGGAAGGGUACUCUCUUAUAUAAACUAUAUAGGCAUGCCUGUUGCGACCUGUUUAGGACUUGAAUCUGGGAUGUCCAGUGUCCUAUAACCACUCAAUCAUGUUGGUCAAAUAUUGCAGCAUCAUCAGGGUUGAGGAUUACAGGGAGAGUGAGUCAGAAGGAAUUAGCAUCAUGGGAGCGUCUUGGAGAGGGAGGGUUCUCAAGUGUUUACAAAGCAAAACUCAAAGGCAAUGAUGUAGCUGUCAAGGUUCUGAAAAAUCUCAAGGAAACCAAGCCACUGCUUACAGAGGGAAAUCUCCUAAGGUAUUUCUACUCAUGAUUCUCAGAAGUUACUCAAUUUCUCAGCUACAGAAGAUGGAAAAUAUUGUUUUGGUUUUGCGAUCAGGCAUUUGUGGAUUUUACCACAUGGGGAAGAUUAAAUUAACCUGUUAUCAAGUAUUUCAGGGUAUUGAAAUUCUGUUAGUUAUUAAUAUGGUGGUAUCUGUAGUGUACUACUCUACACAGAGCAGGCCAGAAGUGUUGGAAAAUACCAUAAUACUAACAGAAAAAUAUUAGAAAUACACCCUAAGUUGAAAGAAGUGUAGUUGUCAUGAUAGUGCUGAAAUUAUGAGUCAUUUCAUCUGAAAGUACCCCUGAACAUCAGCAUGAUAAUUAUGCAUUUUUUACAUAAUAAUUAUUGCCCCUGUUUAGUAUAAAGCUUCAUGUUUUCUAACUAAUUGUCCUAAUUAGUAUUUUUCUUUGUAUUUCAACAGGGAUCUUCGUCAUGACAACAUUGUUGCAUUUAGAGGAAUGAAUAUUUUGCAAAGUGAUAUUGUACAUGAGAAAUUUAUUCUAAAAGCAGGCAGUCCUUUCCUAGUAAUGGAAUAUAUCCCUAAGAAUUUGUACAGAUUUGUGGAAGAUCACAAAACUCCUGAAUCUCAGGGACUUCCCAGAAGUCAGGUGUGGACUAUUGGCAGAGGAAUGGCUAAUGGUUUGAUGUACCUGCAUGGUUUGAAUCCACCCAUAAGCCACAGAGACUUGAAGCCUGAUAAUAUUCUGGUAAGUCUCUCUGUUUUUAAGACUUUGUUGUUAUUUGUCUUUUUGAGUAAAGACUGUGUGAUUGGUCCAUUAGAUCCAUUGAAUUCUGAGACUUUCUGUGGCUAUUUCUGAUUGCUAUUGAUGAGACAAUGCUCUAAGAGAUGAAAGUGGCGAACGCUUCGCGGGGGCACUCCCCUAUAAAAGUGAUGGGAGCCCCCCCCUCCCCAGGGAACCCUUUACCAUUCUGAUCAAGUUUGACAGUGUAAGUUUUGCAAUGAUGGCAAAAAAAUGUGCGAAAAAGUGCGCUCCACAUUUAUUAAGUAAUGGGUAUCCAACAAUGAAUGAAUCCUAUUUUCGAAUUUUCUUGAAUGACUGAAUGCCUCCAUGGUGUGAUUUGUGUACGCUAGAGAAGGAAAUGAAUCCGGGGAUGUGGUAUAUUAUUUUUAUAGGCCAUGUGGUUAAAUGAUUUAUAAUUUGAGUUUUGUUCAUUUGAUUGCAUUAUUAGCUGGAUGUCAGGAGUUUGAGGGUUAAAUUAGCGGACUUUGGUUUGUCACGGACAGUAGAAAGAACUGGAAAUGAUCUCUCUUUAUUCCAUGCACGCUGGUCAGCUCCUGAGGUUUGGGAAGAUUACAUGUACUUUGAUGAAGAACCUGUAGAAGGUAAAGGUCCAUGAAAACACAGAUUGUCAAUUAACUUAUUUACAUCUCAUUAAAAUUAUAUAAAGGUGUUCCUGAAUUUUUUUGUUUUGUAAAAUUACUGAUGAUAUCAAACACAGACCACAAUUUUUGGGCAACACUGUUUAUUGACUAGCAAAUCAGACUUGAGAUCAAUAAAUGAAACUACUGGGGGUGGAGUGGGUGGGAAAAUGUUGACAAGCUCCAAACUGGCUGAAAGGGCCUAAGUGAUCUGGAAGACGAUUUGCUGAGGCAGCUACUAUACGGACAGCUAAGGAGCGUGUUCUCAUUUGAUAAUUACCCUUCAUCACCUUGGGUGAUUUUGGUUCUCUGAAUUGUAAUAAUAGUGCAUGAAAUAACUGUAGGAAAACGUACUACAACAAUCAGUCAAUAAAAAUAUUUCUAUUUAAAAUACUUUCAGCGGAGAAUGACUAUGUUGGUGUUGGAUUUAAUAUUUUACUCUAAAUUACCACUUCACCUCCAGAAAAUGAGGCUCUUGAAGACCAGCCCACAGAAGAUUUUACUGAUAGCCAAGACGAUGAGUUAUUUUUCCUGCGUGCUGACAUCUACUCUUAUGGACAAGUGGUAGCUUACACUUUAACAGGAAAGAUGCCAUGGCAUGGCCGGAACUCCGUGAGUGUAGAAGGAAUUCAAAAUAAUAUGAUUCAGUCUCUUGAUCAGGUCGAGAUUCCUGAGGAACUGAGUGGAAAACUGAGGAGUGUUAUUCAUGACUGUCGCCUGGAAGACCCACAAGCACGUCCUACAGCUGAUAGAUUAGUUCUAGAUUACUUUAGUGGUAAGGGCAUCAUUUUAUUAAUUUUAUUUUAUAGACACGAGACAGUGUUUUACUGGAAAAUAUACCACUCGUAAAAUUCAUAAAAACUACAUCCAGGACCCUAGUGGUUUAUUUUCCAUAAUCUCACACGUGAGUUUAUUGAUGAUGUAAUUUAGGUGAUUUCCCUCUAUUAUUUUAUCGAUGUCAUUCUGUCUAUAUAAUAAAAAGAACAUUACACGGCAGCUUGAAGAUAUGAAUUUUAUUUUCGAGUGGCAAAACAAUAUUUUACGAACGAGCGCAGCGAGUGAGUAAAAUAUUGUAAAACAGAAAUCGUCGUCAAUUUGUAAACAUUAUCUUAGCGAACAUAACUCGGACGUACCACCUUCUCUUUCAGAACAAUUUCACGUGCUCACUAAAGGUUCUAACAAAUUUGAUUGCCUAAUUAAGGGCCUGUUUACAUGGAGUGGGGGACCCCGGUCUAGUGGGGUUGGUUUCUUUUGUUUUCACGCUCUGGAGGACACAAAACAAAAGAAACCUACGCCACUUAGACCGGGGUCCCCCACUCCAUGUAAACAGGGUCUAAGGAGAUGCUCUUUAUAAGAAAACUCAAACCAUCCCUAAACGUGCAGGUGGAAUCGAUUCGCGCAAAGGUAUUCUCUUGAAGAACUUGUGAUCCUUUGUUAUUAUGCUAAUUUGUAGAGACUAUCUUCGCAUUAUUUAUUCAUUUUGCCUUGAGAAUGGUGUCAUGAUAAUACCGAAACGUCGGCUUUUAACGUUAAUAUAUUUUGCAUCAUUUUGAUUAAUUUUUAAAAUAAUCUAGUAUUUCAUUACACCCAUCAAUUAUGUCAUUUUAUGUUUGUUGUAGGUGAUAUGAAUCCUUAUCAAGCUGAGGCUAAAAGUGCUGAAUUCUUCUCAUGUGGCUUCCUUCAGCACACUUCUAUUUUUGUUGCAGAGAGCUUGGUUGAUGAGGUAAAGAUUGGGCUUGAUUCUGAGGCACAGUUGAGUGACACAAAUUCUCCUACCCAGCUUAUCCUGUAUUACUUAACAGGGCUAACCCCUGGGUAAAAGAGUUAUUUAUUGAAGUGAAGGUACCCAAAUACUGAAAUAGGGGUUUAAAAUGAAUGGUCACGCCCAAGGAUUUUGUCUGGUGACUCAAAAGUUAGAACCACUUUUUACAGCAUCAAAAACAGCACUAAAAAAGUGCUGCUUUCAUUGUUAUGGUCACACUUUAGAAUUUCUUCCACAGACUUAAAAGAACCACCCUGUGCAGGAUAAACAAUGCCACAGGAAAUUGCUGCUCAGUAGCUUUCAUUUGGAUGGUCACACUUAAGGAUUUUAUUCACAAACUGAAAAGGUACAAGUACCUUAAUACAUGACUCAAUAAUUCACCCAGGAAGUGGAUGGUAACUGUAUCAAUUAUUCCAUUUAAUUCAUUGCAAUUUUUCCCUGAGUCUAGUUUUGCUGCUUUUCAAUCAAUUAGUCGAGUGAAGGAUUCUUCAAGACUGGAGUGCGUCCCAAGGGAUUUCCUGCUCAGUGUCUUUUGUGCAAAGUGGAAGUGGGAAAUGAAGAAUAUAACGACGUUCCCAAAGAAUGGACAUACGAGCAAAAAUACCGGGAGUAUUAUGGUCACUUUAGACAGGUAUAGAAAAUAUACAUACACUACAUACCAGGACAGCCUACCUGGCUGUAGCAUGUAUCUUAGGCGUUUUAACGGGAAGUGGGAAAGGAACAAACUGGCACGCGCGAGAACGCAAGGGGCACGCGAGGAAAAGGUUCCCCUACUUUCUCCCUCGCGUGCGCCCGAUUUUUCUUUCCCCACUCUCGAACCCCUGUGGUACAGGAACGUGAGCAGUGCACUCGAGGAAACCACCCUGUCCACAGGGUUUUUCACAAAGGAACCUUUUCUAAGGGAAAAGCCUUGGUAGUCUGCGUAGCAGGCGCUUAGAGGUAAUGGAAGCAAGAAAGAUCGGGGCGCGCGAGGGAGACACAUUUUGGGAGAUUGAAGACAGAUCUCCAGUAACGUAAGAAAACAAAACUCUGCCCGAAGCUUUCCCAGCCACAGCAGAAUAGCGACACCUUAAUUUCCAAGUAGAGUUUUCGCUUUGAGUCUACUCGCAGGCUCUCUCGGUCACCCACUCCUAAACCAAGACAGCUUGCCUGCAAGGUGUAACUACAAUAAACCAUUGACAUAGACUCUGGCGUCGUAAGACCAUUGAGUGUUUUUUUUUUUUUUUUUUUGCAUGUCUAGGCGGCCAUCGAUAAGACGAUAGAAGACCUUCCCGCCAUUGCGCUUAAAUCUUUGAUCACUUCCCGAGAGGACGAGGAGGAGCGACAGGAAAUCCAGCUUUCAUUUGGCGAGACAACAUACUGUCAUCACAGGGCCAUAAGAGAGAUCUGGAGGAAACUUGAGGAGCCUAAAAAAAGAGAGCUUGUCGUGUGUAAGAAUGCAGUACAUCCUGUUUUUAGCACAUCAUUUGGGCUCCAUGUGGCAGUGCUUACGGCGGACAAACCGCAGAAGUUUAUAUUUGCAAGAAGAUCUAAUCGAGGUAAGUUAUUUUAGAGGACAGACUCGUGGUUUAACAUGGCGCGAGACAUUCUGUCUAAUUUUUGGCGCUCAACUUUAUGUCCUCACUUGCCUGAAACUGUUUUGCACUGUCCCCAGGGCCCUUUUCUAUUCACAGGGAUUUGUAGGGAAAACCAUCCUCGGAACUAGGUCGAAAUUUGAAGGCAGGCAUUCGACAAAAGUUACCGGUCAUUUCGCCCCGGUUACUUAUUCCUCGUUCUAUAAAGCCAGAAAGCAAAACAAGCACGCUUCAAAUAUAAUAUUCCUCGUUCUAGAAAAGGGCGCUAUUUGAUUUUGAAGCGUAAUAAAUGACUCGAAAAUAGGGGUCUAAGUAACCCGGGGCGAAAUGACCGGUUACCUAGACGAAUGCCUCAUUUCUUUUGCGAACUCUUUCGAGUUUGUUACCGUUUCUAUAGCAACUGCUGACAGUGCUUACAAUAAAAUGAACCAAUCAGAUCUCAGAUCAGUCAGGUGUACCUGGUGCAAAAAAGCGCGGGAAAAAGCAUGGGAGCAAGUCAUGAGGCUUUUGACUUCCUUUUAAUUUGUUGAGAAAGUGGCGCGAGAUUUUCAGCCAAUCAAAAAGCGUACCAAUUCAAGGUAAAGGCAAUGACUUAACAAUAACUUAAGAAGUGUGUUUGAAACUAGCUAUACACUAAGAGAGGUAGAUUAAAGAUAAUUUGACAAUUGUGAUAGUCUUAAUUUCUUUUUAAAUUGUCCUCUAGAUAAUAGUGUUUUUAUUUCUUGCGGCAACGACUACCAUAAUCUAUUUCCAGUAAAGCGAACAGAAAAUUGUUGCCAUAAUUUGUGGAGAUCUUAGGAAGAGCAAUACAUAUUCAGGUUUUGCUUUUUCCUUAAUUGCUUGACAUGGUUUCCCCGGCAUUUGGUUUUAGAGGGAAUGGCAACUCCCGGCAAAUUCACUUGUGGAGCCGUGGAGAGCGCCUCAGUAAAGGACUAUGUCUACAAAGAUGGCCAAGCUUACGUGGACCUGAUCCAGACAGCCGCGCGAGGGCUGGAGGAAGAACUUCGUGUCGAGUUGAAAGGAAGCGAUAUCGAGGCUCUUUGCCUCACAACCGUAUACCUCAAGUUCGACACGCACGAGUGGGGUUGUUGUGGCUACGUCGACCUGUCGGAUCCCCGAGUCUCGCCUGAACGCCAACUGACGUUCGAGCAGUUAGGCUCUAGGUUCACCACAGGCCCAAAGGACAAGUUCGAGCACGAAGAAGUGGUUGCUGUGGACUUUGAACUUUCGAGGAUGGUCGAGUUCGUUCGGGAGAAUUACGAGGAUUUUGCCAGCUCUGCUAAGCUGGUGGUAGUGAAAGUUUUGCAAUCGUUUUUUGGAGUUGCUGCUGUGGAGAGAGCCUUUCGUGUUUACAUGGAAGAUCGAGAGAACGUUUCCCAAAAUGCUGAUUCGCAAAUUUAA